CACUUGUCAGUUCAUAAGUUUUUGUUGUUCUUAUUGGUUGGCGGCCCAAAAUUUUCAAGAUUAUUAAUUAAAUAAUGAAUAUUACUGACUCUUGAUACGAGUAAUUAAUGUUUAGGAGUUUUAGUUUAAUGGGUUACCGUGUAUCUGGAUCAAAAUGUCUUACAGUAUGUUUAGGAUUCACUUUCAUUAUGGGAUGCUUCCUGGCUUCUCUUCCUAUCGUACCUUCAGAGUACACAAACCUCCAGAUAACGUCAACGCUUAGCAAGAAAAAAUUAGCAAUAAUAGUACCAUUCAGAGACAGAUUCGAUGAACUCCUAGAAUUUGUACCCCACAUGUAUAAAUUUCUUAAUAAACAGAACAUACCUUUUCACAUAUUUAUCGUCCAACAGAAAGACAAUAAUCGUUUUAACCGAGCCUCUCUUAUAAACGUCGGAUUCAUUUACACUAAGAAAGACUACGACUACAUUGCUAUGCAUGACGUAGAUUUACUCCCGUUGAAUAAUAAAUUACACUACGGCUACCCCAAAAGCGGUCCAUUUCAUAUAUCGUCACCUCAAACCCACCCAAAGUAUCAUUAUGAUACUUUUAUAGGUGGUAUAUUAUUAAUAAAACGGGAGGAUUAUGAGUUGGUCAAAGGUAUGUCAAAUAACUACUGGGGUUGGGGGUUGGAAGAUGACGAAUUUUACGUGAGGUUAAAGGAGGCCGGGUUGAAAGUUUUCAGACCUGAAAAUAUUACUACAGGACCAGACAAUACAUUUAAACAUAUACAUGACAAGACAUAUCGCAAACGUGACACGAGGAAAUGCUUCAACCAAAGAGACGUGACACGACAUCGUGACAGAGUGACCGGAGUCCACGAUGUCGCUUACAAAAUACACAGUACUCACAACGUAUCUAUAGACUCUUUACCCAUCACAGUGUUAAAUGUUGAACUAAUUUGUAAUAAGAAUGUUACACCUUGGUGCCAGUGUCCCGACCCGCCUAAAGUUAAAAAAGUGAAAUAAAAUAUACAAUUAUUUAUUUAAUCCUAA